GGAAAAUGUUCCCUUUAACCCGGAAGUUGAUUGACUGUCAGCGUCGCAUGUUAUCGAUGUAGUUUGUUAGGAACAUCUUUUCAAAAUGUUUCUCACUGCGGUAAACUUGGCCAAGAGCAAGUCGAAGACUGUCUUGGUGCAGAUGAUGAGCGCCGCUGGUACGGGCUACUGCUUCAACACUAAAAAGAACCGUCUGCUGGAUAAAAUUGUGAUCCGGAAACAUGACCCCAUAGUGAAUAAGCAUGUCCUUUUCCACGAGAAGAGGAAGAUACGGUCCAUUUAAAACGGACGGUGAAGUGGCUGGAGAUCGUGCUGUGUGAGGGAGAACGGCUCAGUUCGGAUGACGCCUGGGUGCAUCUCCCGGGGACAGAUGGACCAGGACACAGACUGGCAGAGACUUACAGGGAUGAGUCCACGGCACAAACGUCCAGCGAUACUCACAAAUAUAAACUCUCCGCAAUCGGGUGCUCAGUGAAAGUACCACCAUGCACUGCUGAAGUCCUGCUUCCAUUCCCUCAACAGGCCUUUCAACAUUCUGUGUAUUACUCUUCAAUGAAUUUGUGCUUAAUUCUGACUAACAGUUAAAAACUAGAAUAUUUUUCUUGUCUUCACAAAGACAGUUUAGUGAGUUAAGACAUGCCAAACUCCUUCAGAGUUGAGGACAAAUGUUUGAAUACAGGCCUUAGGGUAUUUUUACGCUUUGUAAACAUUUGAGUACAACACACUGGUCUCCUAUGAAUAGUUCACGUCUGGCCAUACUGUAAGUCCUGGUUCAGAUGCAGAGAUCUGGGGUAAAAAUAAUGUAUAGUAGUACUUCCUGCAUUGUUUAAUACUCUUGUACUUAAGUUUCACUUCUCACAAUAAAGCAGUGAUACCUCACGAA